AUGUGGAGUUCACAGACAAAGGGUCUCUUCAAAGGAUUUUAUCCGGUUGUCCUAAACUUGGACGACGCACAUGUUGACAUGACUUAUGGAGUUAACCACAAGUUUCUGAAAGCCUUUACUUCUGUUCGCUCGCUUUAUCUAUCCUUGUCAUUUACAGAGGUUCUGUCUCCUUGUGGGAUGACCUUUCACAACCUCGUUUACCUGGAACUGUGUACAUGUGCUCAAGGUUGGUGGGAUCUUCUCACUCAUAUGCUCCAAGAUUCUCCCAAGCUAGGGUUUCUCAAACUCAAUGAUGAACAUGUUCUUGAUAUUCCAAGUAUAGAAACCCCGGAUUGCUGGAAGCCACCGAGUUCUGUUCCCAAGUGUUUGCUGCACAGUUUUGAAGCUUUCGAGUGGAACGGUUACAAAGGCAGACGAGGAGAUAGAGAGGUUGCCACAUACCUUGUGGCCAACGCUACUCGUUUGAAGACAGCAGUUUUCUCUCCAGAAACCGAAGAUGUUGGGGAGAGAUAUAGGAUGUUACAGUACUUGGCAUCUGUGGCUACGCCUUCACCUUUGUUUCAACUUUUUUUUCAAUGA